AUGUCACCGGAGAAACGUCACCCGGUCACCUGGGCACCAUCCAAAUAUUCACGUAACGGACUCAUGAUAUCAUAUGUCGCUGCCAAUCAACAUCAACGACCACGCUGUCCAAAGGGCUCAGCUAUUACCUGUAUGCAUGGAGGUAAAAUUGAUGGUAAAGAUUACGUGGAAAUUGCAGACCCGGCCCGACGAGGAAUUGAAAAAGGAGGCUUUGGGACAGGAGAAAUUUGUUGGGAUCGUACCAGUGAAUUCAAGUGCUGUGCUUCUGAGAUAAGGAACAAUGUUGCUCUCACUGAUGCAGACGGUCAUAGGUAUAUAACCCCAGAUCAAGCUGCUCAAUGUAGGAAGCUUGGACCAAAAUCUCAAGACUGA